AUGGCUACUCAAGCACCACCACAAUUAAAUCAAUCCUUCAGUGGUAUUGGUUUUGGUAAUCAUCAUAGGCUUCCUCAACAACAGCCCCUCAAGACGCCAGAACGAAGACCUCUAAGGGCCUCUUUCCAAGCAUCAUCAUCAUCUCAAAAGACCACCCUAUUGAAUCCAAUCAUCUCAAAUACACCAAAUAUCCAACCGACUCCAAUUCUUAAUAAUAAGGCAACACCAAGUACACCAACACCAAAUCGUCAUGCUCAUCACUCUCGAUCUAAAUCCUAUUGUGGAGUUGCACACUAUGGCAUUGGCUCCACCACUGAAAUUAUCAUUACCAGUAAAUCAAGGCUCCAGAACAAGUUGGUUAAGGAGGAACCUGUUCAUUCGUCACCUUCAAUGCUAUUGGAUGAUAAGGAGAAUGCAGUGAAUAAUCUACCACCACCUCCUUCUCCUUCAAAAGCUGUCCCCCAACAUUUCAAUUCGGAUGCAAUGCCAUCUUUGCCUGCAUUGGCUGCUGUGAAAAAGUCUUGGCAAUUGAACUCACCUCAAAAGAAUGGAUCCACUCCGACAAAGAAACGUUCAACAUCUUGUUUAACUCCAUCGACACCAUUGAGUAUUUCAACAAGUUUGACCACCAUUAGAGAACCUCUUACAAUGGUUCUCACCCCAAAGAGUAGAGCAAGAUAUCAAGGUAUUUCAGGAACACACAAAUUCAAUGCCUACAGUAGAAUUAAUAACAUUGAUGCCAUCUCUAUUUCUAUAUCUGAAGAUGAAGGGUUGUUGUGGAGUGGAUCCGAUGAUUCUCUGAUUAGAGUAUGGGAUACCAAUACUGGUUUAACUAUUAAGGAAAUUACACACUCACCUCAAUUGUCUAAAAAUAAGAGUGUUGAAAGUUUGGAUGAUUCUUCCUUUGUGUCAUCUUUCUCGAGUGGUACUUCCAAUCAUGAUAAUUCAAAGAAUAGUAUAACUAAUGCAGGCGUAACUCAAUUGAGUUAUUGUACCAAGACGAAUAGAGUAUGGAGUGCUUCCAGAGAUUGUAGUGUAAAGAUUUGGAAUCCAACAAGUUUUAUUUGCGAACACACUAUUAACUUUCCUUCCUAUGUAAAUUGUAUGCACAUUGCUGGUCAGUACGUGUGGGUUGCUACUAACAAGGAAUUGUCAAUCUGGAAUGUUAAUGACAAGUCACUGGUUGCCAGAUUUCCUGUCAAUGGCUUUGUGUGGUGCAUCAAGACUGUUGGAGAUAGAGUUUGGAUUGCAUGCAGUGAUAAAUCAAUUAGAGUUUACAAUAUUAAUGAAACUGGUGUAACUCAAGUGGAGAAGAGACAUUUUCAUGGCUCCAAGAGAUUAUCCUCAGAAUUUAUUUUAAUGGAUGUAACAUCACCACUUGGUCAGCAGCCAAUCAUGCCACUAUUCCCCACCAAUCAUCAUGAUAGUGAACAGGCUGAAGAAGAGCAACAACCAAUACAAGUUGAAGAAGAAGUGGAUGACGAACAUCUGUUGAUUAAGGAAAUUAACUACAAUGACUUUGCUCCUUCCCAAACAAUGACCUUAAUUGUUUCAACUGCGCUCGAGCAACAACAGAUCGGGGCACAAGAAUCAAGACCUGUAAUUGGUACAUUUAGCGUUGAUGAUAUCUCUAUCAUGCUACAAACUGAUGUUAUGAACAUUGACGAAGCCAAAAAUGAUGAUUUGACUUUACAAAAAUCGUUUGAUAUUUUAUCUUCAGAACCGAGCUGGAUUAAUUCUGAAAUGGUGGAAAUCUCUCCUUUAAGGGAACCUCCAUCAUUAGAAACAUUUCAACUUCAAUCACCAUCCAACAGAGAUUCCGAGCAGAAAUCUACUACUACUGAGCUUUCCUCGUUCACAACAUCUCCCAUCAAAAGUUUACAACCAGUACCUCAACAAACGAUGAAGCAAUUUGUUGAAUCCACUAUUGAUUCUGCUGCAUUGGUGCAGCAGCGUAAUACAUCGCUUAUUCUUCCACCUAUAGACAAUUCCACCUCCAUAACAAAUGUAAAAAUUAAGCGAGCCGUAUCGGAGGAAAAUAAUCAGUCCUUAUUAGGAUUUAAGGCUGAUUCACCAAAGCCACAAUCCAUAGAACUGCGAGAGUCUUCUAACUCACCCCAAAGUUCUCCUUCCUCCUCUGAUAAUUGUCUUAGCUUUUCCAAUGCAAGACUUUUAUUUACUGGUGACGACGUAGUGGAUUUUGAAGAACCUCACCACAAGUCAAGAGGAUGCGCUUCGAUAUUCGCUAAAGUGUUGGGAAGGGUUUUUGCGUGCUUUUCACUUCCAAAUAAAUAA